GUUGAAAGUCAAGAUGAUUCAAAGAUAAUCUUUACAAGACUUGCAACACUUAGAAAACUUUUUAUACAAGUUUUUGGGGGUGGAAGUUUGACUAAUUCUAGUUUGGCAACAGCUUAUAAACAAAACAAAUUACAAAAUUCUAUACCUAAUGAAGUACCAUUUCCAUGUCCAACUCAAAAAAUGCGUAGUGGUGAACGACCAAAAUCGGUACAUAAACUACGACCUGGUGAUAUAGACGUAAUAGCCGCAAUUGGAGAUAGUCUUACAGCGGGUCUUGGUAUAGUAGCAACAAAUUUAAUACAAUUGGUUAUAGAAAAUCGUGGACUUUCAUGGUGUAUAGGCGGAUUAUCAAAUUGGAGACAAUUUUUAACAUUACCAAACAUAUUAAAAGAAUUUAAUCCAAAUUUAAUUGGAUAUUCAAUUGGUGAUGGAGCGUCAUCAGACAAAAUAUCGCAGUUUAAUGUAGCUGUAACUGGUGCCAGUUCCAGAGAUAUGGUGUCGAUGGCUGAGGAAUUGAAGCGACGUUUAAGAAACGAUCCAAGAAUUGAUUUUCAAAACGAUUGGAAGCUUAUUACAAUGAUGAUUGGACCAAAUGAUUUUUGUGUGGAUAUUUGUUAUGAAAAGGAUAAAGCACAGUACACAAGACAACAUCGAAUUGAUUUAAUAAAAGUAUUUCGAUAUAUUCGUGAUAAUAUACCUCGUACAUUUAUCAAUUACGUAUUAAUGCCAGAUAUGGAAAUUUUAACAAAAUUGACAAAUAAUCCUUCGUACUGUUAUUUUGUACGAACAUUUGAAUGUUCUUGUUUAUUUGGGGAACAUCGCCAGAAAGCCUUACCAGAAAUAUUUUCAUUAGUGAAACAAUGGAGACAAAUUGAAAUUGAAGUAACACAAAUGGAAGAAUUUACUAAUCAUGAUACAUUCACUGUUGUGCUUCAGCCAUACACACAAAAUGUUACGUUUCCUGUCACGACAAAUAAUUUGACUGAUAGCACAUAUUUAUCUAGUGAUUGUUAUCAUAUGAGUCAAAAAAUGCAUGCGUUAAAUGCCAAUGGAUUAUGGAAUAACAUGAUUGAACCAACUAAUCGAAAAUCGCUAAAAUGGCCCAAAAAUUUCAUGGGAAGAUUUUUAUGUCCAAACGAUUCAAGUCCUUAUUUACGAACUAAAAGAAAUAGUGAUGUGUAAAAUUCAAAUAUAACGUGAUAAGAACGAUACAAAGACUUUUUUACCAAAGAAUAUAAAUGUAUAUAAAAGUAA